UCGAUCGGAUUGUUUGACAAUGACAGUUUCUAUUGAAAUGACUGUCAUUAAUGACUUGACAGAAUUGACAGAAGAAGACGACAGCUAUAUUCUGAAGUUAGUGGAUAGUCAGGAUGCGCGCGCAACUUUUGAGGAUGAGAUGUGGAGUCCAGUGGAGGUGGUGUCGUCGGAGGGGGGAGGCGGGGGCGGCGAGGCUGGGGCGGAGGCGCCGUGCGGGCGCGGCAAACACGCGGCCGCGCUGCUCGGAGGGUUUGUGUAUGUACUGGGCGGGCGCGGCGCGGGCGGCGCUGUACCGCUGCGGGACUGCUGGCGCUACCAUAUAGGCAGCGGCCGCUGGGAACGCGUGAGAGCGCGCGGCGACACCCCGCCGGCGCUGCAGGAGCAUAGCGCGACGCCGCACGGCCGACGCAUAUACGUUUUUGGCGGGGAAGCCUCGCUUUCCGCCGAGACGCCGCUCUGGAUACUAGAUACUGAGACGUUGUUAUGGCGCAAGCUCCCCGGCACGGGCAGCGUGGCGCUGCGCAGGCGCGGCCGCAACGUGCGGCCCGCAGCGCCGACGGGCCGCCGCGGGCACAGCGCGCAUGCGCUCAACGACUGCCUGCUCAUCUAUGGAGGGUACAAAGACCUCAGAGGCUCUACCAAUGAGUUGUGGGCGUUUCAUUAUGAGUCGGAGUCGUGGCAGCAGGUGCGCACGGCGGGCGCGGGCCCGGCGCGGCACCGGCACGCGGCCGCGCUGCACGACGCGCGCCUCUACGUGCACGCGGGGCUGUGCGACCUGCGCGUCUGCGGCGACCUGUGGUUCUACGACACGCUGUCGCGCAUGUGGACGCAGGUGCGCACGCCGGCGCGGCUGGCGCCGUCCGCGCGCUCCGGACACGCGGGGCUGCGCGCAGGCGCACACCUCUACAUCUUCGGUGGCGAGGCCGACGGACAUCCCACCAACGAGCUCUGGCGGUUCCACUUCGCGACGGAGACAUGGGAGCGGAUGGCGCAGAGCUUGAAGUGGCCGGCGCCGCGCGUGGACGCGUGCGCGCUGCUGCUGGCCGGCGUGGCGCCGCGCGUGCGCAGCGCGCCCGCCGAGCGCGGGGCCGGCGGGGGGGCCGCGGGGGCGGGCGCGGGGGCGGGGGCGCGCGAGGCGCCGCCCGGGCUGCUGCGCGAGAUCUCCAAGCUGUCCGCCUUCCACAUCCGGCGCGCCGCGCGCUGCUCGUACAGCGUGCUGGGCGGCGAGCGCGACUCCACGGAGAGCCUGGAGUUCCGCGGCGGCGAGCCCGCGCUGGCCAAGUCGCGCUCCGCCUACGUGAUCGACGAGCGGCUGCCGGCCGACGGCGGCGAGUCCCCGCGGGCCGGCGACGUGCCGCCGCCGCACGAGCUGGCCCGCGAGCCCGCCUCGGUGCCGGACUUCGCGGACGUGGUGCUGCCGACGUCCACGCUGUCGCCGGCGGACGCGGCGCGGCUCGUGUACUUCUCGUCGGAGGAGGAGGAGGAGAUGCGGCGCGAGGCGGCGCGGCGGCCGGAGCCGCGGCUGCCCAAGUCGGCGUCGGUGCGGUUCUCGCGCGACGCGGUGACCAUCACGCGCGAGGAGGACGCCGAGCUGUCCACGUCGGACUACGCCAGCGCGGAGCGCGUCAACCGGCUGCCGGGCGCGUGGCUGGGCUUCAGCAACCCGCACUACCUGGGCCCCGACGUGCGCGCGCUGGGCGCGGCGCUGACGCCGGACUCGGGCGUGGCGCCGGCCGACAUGGAGCUGGCCGAGCUGCGGCGCCCGGCCGCGGCGCCGCGCCUGGCGCUGCUGCUGCUGGGCGGCCGCGAGCCCUCGCACCCGGCGCUCAUGCACACGCCGCUCUCCUUGUGGACCUACAACCUCGGCUAGUCGCGUGACGCGGCCGGCGGCACUAGGCUGCACUCGGUCUCUCCGCCGAGACUCUUAGCAUAGGCGAUGGUAGUGUCGUGAUAGAUUACAGAUUUCUAUUUUUGAAGCUCUUCCGAUACCUCGUUGUCGAUUAGGUGAUUAUUAAUGUACUUAUAGAAGAGCGUAACACUUAGAAUUUGAGAAGAAACGGUACGGUAGGAAGAGCAUCGAUGGCCAACUUGUGACGUCCAUUUUUAUAAUUGCCAUUUUAAUAAUUCAAAUGAUGAUCUUACAGUAUUCAUAAAAUAAUUCUUAUGUUUUUUAUUGACUUUUAUCUUUUUACUGUUAUGUAGUUUUGUUAUUUUCGUGUUAUACCUAUAAGACCGUAGAAGUACAAAUUCUUCCUUUGUAAGUACUCGUAGGGUUAAGUAUUUAGUAUGUAAUGAAGGUUCUCGUUUGACAUUCGCAUUUGUUUUAAGUUUCCAGUAGCGUCAGUAUUGUUUGAGAAGCAAGUGGAGUGAGCCGACUAGUGUGCGGGUUACGACCGCGAAGACUGAGUAGGGUUAACUUCUUGUACAAACUUAGCGUUUAUGUUAUGUGGUGUUAGUUACGUUGCUGUUCGUACUUACUAUAAAGACAUGUUUCGCGCCCCUCUGCAUAUUUACUUGCUGUUGUGUACCAACAAGUAUUGUGUACCCAUGGUAUAUAAGUACCCUAUUUCUAUAAAAGUUAUAAGAAGACAGUUUACAAAUCUAGAUAGAUUCUGUAGCUGAUGCCUCAUAUUUUUUUUAAGUCUUAUAAUACGAUAGGUACCUAUCUGUCAUUUUCCUGACCGCGCCGCCGAAAAGGAAAAAGACGGGAUGAGAAAGAAACAGUAACCCGGACGAAUCAAAUAGACAUCUCGCUGAUACGCAACCCGUUUGGCGUAUACUGCAAACUUAAUUCCAUGGGGUUAUACCCCAACAUAAAAAAAAUUAAAGAGUUCUGCCUAAAAUUGAUAUGUUCCAGGUUUUUAGCCUGUCGACUACCCGUCCCUUUCCAUUUCGGCGGAUAAUUAAUGAAAAGAAAAAUAGCCGACUACCCUCAGAUAUGGGGCGCGACUGAAAAUUCCAUGACAUUAUUAUUACUUGCGUCUCCGCAAACUAAGUACCUCCAAUGUUCCAAUGUUAUUAAACGUAGUUACGUCGGCAA